ACCCUCCCCUCCUGCAGCUGGGCGGGCCAGCGGGUUUAUUCCACCCGGGAGAAGCGCACACCAAGCCGCCACCAGCGCUGCUGCGGGAUGCUGCGCUCCACGUCCACAGUCACUCUGUUCUCAGGCGGCGGCUCCAGGACGCCAGGGGCGCCCAGCAGAAGGGCAAAUGUCUGCAGACUGCGGUUGACUGUCCCCCCGGAGAGUCCGGUGUCUGAGCCUAGUGAAAAGAAGCUGGAAAGAAAAGAGCAACAUCGUGACCUGAGCAAUGGAGAGCCCACCAGGAAACUCCCUCAUGGUGUGGUCUAUGGUGUGGUGCGGAGAUCAGAUCAAAACCAGCAGAAAGAAAUGGUGGUAUAUGGGUGGACCACCAAUCAGCUGAAGGAGGAGAUGAACUACAUCAAAGAUGUGAGAGCCACUUUGGAAAAAGUAAGGAAGAGAAUGUAUGGAGACUAUGAUGAAAUGAGACAGAAGAUUCGGCAGCUCACCCAGGAACUGUCAAUUUCACAGGCUCAGCAGGACUAUCUAGAAAAUCACAUCCAAACUCAGUCGUCAGCCCUGGACAGUUUUAAUGCCAUGAACUCGGCCUUGGCAUCAGACUCCAUCAGCCUGCAGAAAACCCUUGUGGAUGUUACUCUGGAGAAUAGCAGCAUUAAGGAUCAGAUCAGGAAUCUGCAGCAGACAUAUGAAGCCUCCAUGGACAAGCUGCGGGAAAAACAGAGGCAGUUAGAGGUGGCGCAAGUUGAAAACCAGCUGCUGAAAAUGAAGGUGGAAUCCUCCCAAGAAGCCAAUGCAGAGGUGAUGAGAGAGAUGACCAGGAAGCUGUACAGCCAGUAUGAAGAAAAGCUGCAUGAGGAGCAGCAGAGGCACAGUGCUGAGAAGGAGGCUCUCCUGGAAGAGACCAAUAAUUUUCUGAAAGCCAUUGAAGAAGCCAAUAAGAAGAUGCAAGCGGCAGAGAUUAGCCUGGAGGAGAAGGACCAGAGGAUCGGGGAGCUGGACAGGCUGAUUGAGCGCAUGGAGAAGGAACGCCAUCAGCUUCAACUCCAACUCCUGGAGCAUGAAACAGAAAUGUCAGCAGAAAUAACUGAUUCUGACAAAGAAAGGUAUCAGCAGCUGGAGGAGGCGUCAGCCAGCCUCCGGGAGCGGAUCAGACACCUAGAUGACAUGGUGCAUUGCCAGCAGAAGAAAGUCAAGCAGAUGGUCGAGGAGAUUGAAUCACUGAAGAAAAAGGUGCAGCAGAAACAGCUCUUAAUAUUGCAGCUUUUAGAGAAGAUAUCUUUCUUAGAAGGAGAGAAUAAUGAACUACAAAGCAGGCUGGACUAUUUAACAGAAACCCAGCCCAGGACUGAGGUGGAAACCAGAGAGAUUGGAGUGGGCUGUGAUCUCCUACCCAGCCAAACAGGUAGGACCCGUGAAAUUGCAAUGCCUUCCAGGAACUAUACCCCGUACACACGAGUCCUGGAAUUAACCAUGAAGAAAACGCUGACUUAAGCACUUGGAGACAUGCACUUUUCACAGAGGGACAAAGGCCCUGGAACCCUGCGGCAUGAAGUCUGGAAAGGGUGACGGUUGCUUCCUCCUCUAUACACUUUAAGCCCCAGUGGAAACUGCUGAGGUUCUGAUCCACUUCUAAAACAUGAAGGAAGGUGGAGGGGGAGGGCAAGAGAGAGGGCUGGUUUCAAGGUCGUAUUUCAAACAACUAACCUGUGUCCCCACUGUACUGGGCCGUCCUUAGCUUUCCAUGUAGACACUGAGUCGUGUUGGGAGAAUCCCCUCACAGUUUAUUUUGUUUUACUAGACUUCGGUUGGGAGGAAAAGGGCAUUAACCUGAAAUUUCAUGUUACUCAGGCCAGGAUCAUUUGUUACAGCAUGAAGGUUUUACUUACCCAUAAAAGUAUUACAGGCAGUGUUUCUCUGGUACAGGGAAGCCUGCCCACAGGGGCAUGGGCCUCUCCAGGGGGAGAAGUGACCCGGAAGGGCAGGUGCCCCAGCGCACAAGGGCAGGUGCUGAGGCCAGUGCAGGGGCGUGGGAGCCUUGAGUACAGCUGGGCCUCACCUGGGCAGACAUGCUUCAUUCUGAUGUACUAAUCCCUUGGUUUAAUUUGUGCCUUAUGCCUUUAUGGGGCCAGCUGAAAUCACUGUAUUUAUUGAACCUGUGAUUUUUUUUUUUUCUUUCUUUCUCACUUUAAUGGAGAGAAUUUUGUAUGUAUGUUGUGGAAAUUUAAUCACUUAAUGUUUUCAGUAUCAACUGGUGUUUUUGUUAAAGGAAUGAGUAAUUUGCUCAUGCAUGCUCUACUGAUAUAACUCAUGUCACGUAUGUUUAAUAAAUGCCAUAUAUUUUGUCCUA